UCCCGCCCACCUGAGCCUGGCGUGCGGCGCGCGGACAGCCGCUGCAGCGCCGGCGGAUGGUUCGGGCCCCGGGAGCGUGAAGUCCGGCGCCUCGCCGAUGGCUCUCUGGGCUGUUGCCGAGCUCUGGGCGCUGUACCCGCUGCGCGCUCUGUGGCUCACGCUGACCGCCGCCUUCCUGCUGACCCUGCUGCUGCAGCUAGUGCCGCCCGGCCUGCUCCCGGGCUGCGCGCUUUUCCAGGACCUGAUCCGCUAUGGGAAAACCAAGCGUGAGGGGCCGUCGCGCCCGGCCGCCUGCCGGGUCUUUGAUGUCCCCAAGAGGUAUUUUUCUCACUUCUACAUCAUCUCAGUGCUGUGGAAUGGCUUCCUGCUUUGGCACCUUACUCAGUCUCUGUUCCUGGGAGUGCCUUUUCCAAAUUGGCUUCAUGGUCUGCUCAGAAUUCUCGGGGCUGCCCAGUUCCAAGGGGGUGAGCUGGCGCUGUCGGCAUUCUUAGUAUUAGUAUUUCUGUGGCUACACAGCUUGCGGAGGCUCUUCGAAUGCUUCUAUGUCAGUGUCUUCUCCAAUGCUGUGAUUCACGUCGUGCAGUACUGUUUUGGACUUGUCUACUAUGUCCUCACUGGCCUAACUGUGCUGAGCCAAGUGCCCAUGGACGGCAGGAAUGUCUAUGUGAUAGGGAAAAAUCUCUUGAUGCAAGCUCGGUGGUUCCAUAUCCUCGGAAUGCUGAUGUUUAUCUGGUCGUCUGUCCAUCAGUACAAGUGCCAUGUCAUUCUCGGCAAUCUCAGGAAAACUAAAGCAGGAGUGGUCAUUCACUGUAACCACCGAAUCCCUUUUGGAGACUGGUUUGAAUACGUUUCUUCCCCAAACUACUUAGCAGAGCUGAUGAUCUACAUUUCCAUGGCUGUCACCUUUGGAUUCCACAACUUAACUUGGUGGCUAGUGGUGACAUAUGUUUUCUUCAGCCAGGCCCUGUCUGCUUUCCUCAGCCACAAAUUCUAUAGAAGCAAAUUUGUCUCCUAUCCAAAGCAUAGGAAAGCUUUCCUACCGUUCCUGUUUUAAGAUAACCUCAGUCAUCAAGCAUGCAAACCAGGUGACAGGUUCAGUUCCUCAGGACAACAAAGUCUAGGGACCAAAGCACGGUUUCUGCAGAACUGUUUGAAACUCUGUGUUCCGUUUUUACACCCAAAAGUCUUCACUGAAUGAGCAAAGCAAGACCCCUCAAGAAACUGAAUCUUCAAAAAAGAAAUCCUUCUGGCAGGCCUGGGAGUACUGUGUCUGCCUUCCGAGAUGCUUUAUAAAACCAACCAACUGCUAACAAGUAGAUGAGACUUCUCCAAGCUGCCUCACAAGCAAACUAACCAAGAAUAUAUAAACGGCUUCACACAUGCACGUACCUCCCCAGAGGAAGAGAUGAGACCAUCUGUGGCUUUUUGUCAGGGACAAAUGAGCUGGACUACAUAAAAAGCAAUAUAGUAGGUGCUCAGUAACUGUUGCAUUUCAGUAAAAGCAGAAGAGCUUUUGAAAAUAACAAUAUAUAAUUUCACACCAACAGAUGUAGGGGAAAAUGAGUUUGUUGGAGAUAGUUUAUUCUUUCACAUACAGCUACAAAGAUUUCCGGUUAUGUAACCAGCAAGAGUGGUUUCCACUCAAAUCAUAGGAAACCUCUUUUAUUUAAGACUUUUUUUGACAUGUCUUUCAAGGAAGUACCUUAAAAGUAAUCUGAAAGCAUCUGAAAAUAAAAUAUUUUUACAUUUAUGUGUAAAGAGCCUUCAUGAAUGGACUGACCUUCGCUGCAGAUGGGCUAGUGCUAUAGCCUCGUUCAUACGGAGUUACUCCACUGGAUUAAGGUUUGCCUGAGUUUAACUACUGAACUAUUUUAAUAAAGUGAAUCUGGAGAUUUUUAGGAAUAAAGUUUACACUAAAACAGUUUAUGUUCAAGAAAAUAGCCAUGAUUAAAUCAAAGGGAAAUAAAUGCAUGGCUUAAAAGAAAAACAAGAACUUGAAAAGUAACACUACAACCUGAGCAACGCUGUAAAAACUGCACAUUUGUGCAGCGUAAGAUUUACUAGCUUAGUGACUGAGGUAUUAACUUGAUGGCUUUUGUGCAGGUGUCAUAAUCUACUAGCUACUGAAGUUUGGCACUAACAGGUACCUUGCUAUGGGAGGAAGAACCUCAUCAUUAAUCAGACGCAUAAUCAAAUGCAGUCUAGGAACGUCCUCCCACCCUCAUCCCUGGAGUAGUAAAACAAAGCUGUUAGACUGAGAUUCUGCUUCAUCUAAACUUUCAAUAUAGGCAUAUGAAAGCACAUUCUAAAGUUUUUAAUUCUGCUGUAACUUUUUCUCUCCCAUCCAUCAAAUACCACUUCAAUCAUUUGCUCAGUCCAUUCCAAAAAUGACAUUUAUUUCAUUUAUCAUUUAGGUGCGCCAUCCUCAGGACCAGGACUCAGGAACAAAACUUUCCGCACGGGAAAAUAUAAAGCAUAUUGCAGUUUGGUCUUAAUUUCCACACAAAUGGCACGAAUAAUUUUUAAUAACAAACUAUUUGGGGGAAAAAAUGUAUUUUGCUUUAGCAUGUCAUUUCAUACCUAGGUUAGUCUAGGAAUUUGAAUGAUGUUCUGGAAUUUCCUUGUACUUUUAAGUAAAAUGAUGAUAGCCCCAUGAAGAACCCUACCAGGGGUUGUUAGAAGGCAUUCCCAGUUCCCAGUGUCCUCGUCUCAAGCCCACCAUCCCCUACUGUCCCCUACUGUCCGUCACCCCCGCUUCCAUGUCUUUUACUUUCCCCUCUCCCUUCCUUGCCCAAACACUGCAUUUCCAGGUGAGGGCUAAAGAGGAAGUAGCGAUGUCCUCAAAGGGGUUCAGAACAAAGUAGCGUGGUCUUGGAUGAAAGCUUAACCGUGGAGAACAUUUGAGAAUUGUGCCAUGCUUGUGAGAUCACAACCGACAUUGCUCUGUGAGGUAGUGAAAAUGCUCUGUGCGCCCGAAUGGAGAGUGCGGGCAAAGCCGUCCGUGGAGAAGCCAGAAAUAGGUUGGGGGUGGACACUCUUGAUCUUCCUGCCGCCCUAGUCGCAGAACCUCAACCUGUCAUUCUGUUGCUACUAAGUUAGGGGAAAUGACACCCGACUACCUCCCAACAGCAUUCCCUGGACUAACUACCGAUUGUAAAAGUGUGCUGAAAAUAGCCUUUGUUUUUGUUAAGUCUCCAAGUUGUAGCUCAUCCUCUAUACUAACAUUUGCCGUCGGUGAGUGUGGAUCAUUUUGUCUCCACAGGGACGUGUCCUGUGUUAUGUUUUUAAUAUAAUGAGUGAUUAUUGCUAGAAUUCCUACCAAGAAAGAGGGGGCCUUUGCAGAUAUUUUUAUAUGAUACUUAAUAGUUUAAGGAGACUAAAUUUUUGUGUAACUACCUGAUAAUUCAAGGACAUUGAUAAGUAAUGUACCUCAAAGUGAACCAAUAUUUGAAAGAAGAUCUUAAAAUAGCAAAUGAGCAAGUAGAAAUUUUUUACACCUGCCUAAAGCAAUUUCUGCCCCCUCUUUCACGUUGCUUAUCAGGGGAAAAAAAUCUUUUAACUGGUUUUAUAAAUUACCUAUAUUAGUCUAACCCUCUAAGAUUUUUCUAAUAAAUGGACAAGAAACAGGGAAGCUGGCAGUGACCCACAAAUAAUUCAUGCUACACAUACUUCAUCAUGUUUCUCAAAUACCAGUGAUCUAGAAAGCCAGGUAUUGAUUUUAGGGAAAGCAAAAUUUAAUUAUCCAAGUAAAAACUGAAUGAUAAAGAGCUACUCUAUGCACAUAAUUGAGAAAGUUUUGUAUUGAGUCUCUUCCUUGAAAAAGAUUCUUGGGGAGCCUGGCUGGCUCAGUCGGUUGAGUGUCUGCCUUCAGCUCAGGUCAUGAUCCCAGGGUCCUGGGAUCCAGCCUCCAAAUCGGGCUCCCUGCUCAGUGGGGAGCUUCUCCCUCUCCCUCUGCCCCUCCCCCAUGCUUGUGUGUGUGCUCUCUCUCCGUCAACUAAAUCAAUAAAACAUUGGAAGGAAGGAAGGAAGGAAGGAAGAAAAGGAAGGAAAAGAUUCUCAACUCUUGAAGCAUGUAGAGGACAAAAGAACACAAGGGAUUUCUCAGCAGAAAGACAAACCUGCCUCCUGAGUCUAGCCCUCUGGUAAAACUUCAUAGCAUUGUACAGUUUUUAUCAGGGCUCCUUGGCCUAUACAACACCUUUCUGGGAAUUAGAAAAGAUAGCACUCAGAACAUCCCCAUAGUAGCAGAGCAUGAACCGUUGUGGGCACAAAAGGCUGCUGGUGAUGGGACCACCGCCCAGUGAGCAGAGCUCAGGCUGGAUCUCAGCCCCACUCACACUUUGUGCCUGCCGUCCUUUGUGCAGUGUUCCAACCGCACAACCUUCCAUAGCCUAGAGACUAGGUUCACUGUGCUGCCUAUCUCUGCAGAUUCUAUUCACUCUUGGGAAAAAAAAAAAAAAAAACUACUUGAUUUCAUGGAAUCAUCUCAUUGAGAAAGAAGAAUAAAACUAGGAGAAGGUGGAAUUAAGCAGUCCAUGCAAAACAUCUGUGUUCUUCCACUAACAAAAAGGGGAAUCUGGUGGACAGCAGGUGAGUGACCCUCAGUCGAAUGUCGGUUUGGGUGCUAGAAUUCCAGCCCCAAAGAGAGAAAAUAUUUUGCUUCCUUUCUCACUACCAACUCCUGUCUUUCCAGCUCAUUGUUCUAGGACUGCAACCCCAACAGUCUUGCCACCCUAUUGGGACCUCCAGUCUAUUGGUCUCAUGGCAUUUUUAUUGUCCUUCGCCCAUAAGUCUUCUCUAAUCUCCUUAGCCUGCUUGAGUUCCAGGAAAUCGCUAUCAUCAUUCCUUCGUAUAUAUCUUCAACUCUUGCCUCUUACAUUGCCUCUUGCUUCUGAUUCAGCAAAACCACACCCUGGUUAGAUUCAGCUCUUCCCCUGGGUGUGUGUGCCCACACAACUGAACAGUGGCUGGAGAAAUCCAAUUCAUAGACAACUCACUUCAAAUUCAUGACCACUAACCUCAAGUGGUCUUGCAUGCUGCAGUCACAAUAAAAUUCUCUAGUCCGUUCCCUCUCCCACUCUGCUGACAAUGUUGCAUCUCUGUCCCCAGGAAAUGAAGCUACUGGAAGAGAACCCCCCCCACACAGGUUACCACCACCUCCUCCACCCACCUAAGACAUCUGUUCCUCCAUACGCUACUUUCCCUCGUUACUAUUAUUGAAGGAUACUUUUUUUUAAAUGUAAAAUCAUGAUUCUCAUACAAAUAUAAAAUGAACAUGUGCCAACAAUUUUACUUAACUCAUUAAGUAAGGAAGGAACCGGUAAUGUUAGAACCAGUUUAAAGAGUUCCUAAAAGACACAUAUGUGGAUAACGAGGCAUGCCAAAAUGAAUGUAAUAGAUGCAAAUUAAUUGCUGAAUAGUUGCAAAACUAGCGUCUCCAGCACGGGAGGGAAAGCAAUUGUGCCCCCAUCAGACUAAAUCCAUUUGUAUGUCUAUGAAAUUAUUUGCAUUCCUAUCAAUUGUCUAUGAGUUGUAAAACAGCUCAAAGACUAGGGGUAGAGAACCCAAAGAGUGUGCUAGAAAGGACACCAGUAUUAUUUUUUGCUCACUUUGAAGUCAUUACAAUUUUUUCCUUAAACUAUAAACAAUCUCUCUGGAUUUCUUCCCAAAGCUAGGUCCUCUCCUUGAGCACUAGAUUCUACCCAAGGAGAAUGCUUAGCCAUUCUCCCCCUACAUCAUCACAUGUUUACCCUUUCCUCAACAUUUCUAGAAGUGGACAAAUACCUUUUUAAAACCUUCUAACCCCAUUUCCGGUCUCAGGACCUUAAAUACUGUUUAUAUGCUGCCAACUCCUGUGUUUAUAUAUCUGGCCUAAACAUCACUGCUGCACUCUAGGCUCAUAUACCCAGUUGUCUACUUAACAUCUCUACUUGAUGUAUAGUAGCUCAAGUUGUGACAUGACUAAAAGUUUCUGAUUUUCCAUCCCGCCACACCUGAUCCACCUACAGUCUUAGUACUUUCUACUUUCUCAAACCAAAAAUGAUGGCAUCUUCCUUGACUCUCCUCCUUCUUUCACACUCCACAAACUGAUCCGUGGUUCUACCUUCAGAAUCCAUCCAGAAUCCAUCCCUGAUAUCAUAACUCUACUCACUACCAUCUUUUUUUUUUUUUUUUCCUACUCACUACCAUCUUGAUCUGAGCUGCCAUCAUUCCUUGCCCAGCUUACAGCAACAGACUCCCAGUGGGUCUCCCUGCUUUCUCACUUAUUCCUUACGGCUGAUUUUCAACACAAGCCAGAGUGAUCUUUCAAAAACCUGUAUCAGAUCAUGUCCUACUCUCUCAAAACCUUGCAACAGCUCCUACUUUCUCUCAGAUAAUGGCCAAAGUUCCUAUGAUAACCUCCUAGCUCCCACACAACCUGGCUCCCAGUCACGUCUCUUACCUCAUCUCCUACUUGUGCCCUCAUCCACUCCUCCCACACAGUGGCCUCCUUGCCCUUCCUUAUCCAGGUCAGUCCUGUUCCUCUGGUAGGCCUUUGCACUGGCUGUACCUUCUGCCUGGAAUGCUUUUCCCCUAGAUAGCUGCCACAUGGCUAACUCCUUUACAUCCUUCAAGUCACUGUAUUUGUUAUCUAUUGCUGUGUAACAACAUACUCCAAAUUUUAGCAGCUUAAAACAGCAAACAUCUGAGAGUUUCCGUGCAUCGGGAUUUCAGGUGCAACUGAGCUGGGUGCCUGUACCCCAAGGAUUCACUGCAGUCAAGGUGGCACCGGGGCUGAGAUCCCAUCCGUAAGCUCCCCCGAGGCAGGACCCAACUUGCUCACCUGGUUGUUAGCAGGAUUCAGUUCCUUGUGAGCUAUUGAACUAAGGGCCAGGAGCCUCCCUUGGUUCCCUGCCACGCAGGUCUUGCCCAAGAGCAGCUCAUAGCACGGUACCUAGGUCCCAUCAGAGCAAGCAAGCCAGGGUGUGCAAGACGGGAGACACCAUCUCUUUGUUACCUGAUCUUGGACGUGACAUCCCAUUGCUCUUGUCAUACUCUUCUUGUUUGUUGGAAGGCAGUCAGUCACUAGGUCCAGUCCACACUCAAAGGAAGGGGAUUAUACAAAGGCAGGAUGAUCAGGAGGUGUGGAUAAGGGAGCCAGCCAAGAGCCUGUUUACCACAGUCACCUUCUCAAUGAGGGUCACCCCCUUACUUAAAGUUGCAGCCUAGCCCUCUCAUUUCCGUCCCCCUUUGCCCUUAUGAGCAUUAACAAACACUUACUGUUUUGAGCCACUUCAUUUUGAGGUGGUUUGUUCUAUAGCAAUAGCUAACUGACGCA